CUCAAAACCAAACAAAUUUUCAAAUGGAAGGCUUGCAAUCUUGGGUCUCAAACCACAAGCUAACCAGCAUUGGCACAAUUUGGGCAACAUCAAUUGGAGCAUCAAUGGCUUACACAAGUGCUAAGAGAGCUCCAUUUAAGCCUAGCCUUAGGCUUAUUCAUGCGAGGAUGCAUGCACAAGCUUUAACGUUGGCAGUGUUAUCUGGUGUGGCGCUGUACCACCAUUACGAGAAUAGUGGAGCUGAUCACAACCGUCAGAAUGAACCGAAAUAAGGAAUAGGCGAUGGCCUUAAAUCCACUGGAGACGAUGAUAGUUUCUACAAUAAUGCACCCAAAUAUUUCUACC